GAUGGCCGCCGCCGCCGUCGGCACAGCCAGUGUGGCUCCACUGACAAGUUUCUGUCGAUUGUUUCACGUGGCAAACAUGCGCGAUUUCCUUUGUUUGCUCUCGACUCUUUGUAUUUUAACAAGCCAGUCGUUGGCAGACGAGCAGGACUUUGCGGAGGAGUUUUUGAAGCGGGAAUACACCCUGGCCAAGCCGUACCGAGGGUUGGGUUUCUCAAGUUCCUCCCAGUGGGAUCUGAUGGGAACGGCCGUGGUGACGCCGGAUCACGUGAGGCUGACCCCAGACCUUCCCAGCAGACAGGGAGCUGUGUGGAGUCGAAUACCUUUGUCUUUGCGUGAUUGGGAGCUCAAAGUCCAUUUCAAAGUCUUCGGCCAAGCGAAGAAGAACUUAAAUGGAGAUGGUCUUGCCAUCUGGUUGACCAAAGAGCGCAUGCAGAAUGGUCCUGUAUUUGGCAACAUGAACCAGUUCACUGGACUUGGAAUAUUUUUGGACACUUACCCCAAUGCUGACAAGAGCCUUGAUAAGACUCACACUGGGGCUCAGAGGACGUUCCCUUAUAUAUCAGCGAUGCUGGGGAACGGGACCCUGUCAUAUGACCACGAUCGUGACGGGCGGACCACCGAGCUAGGUGGAUGCACAGCUAUGGCACGCAACGCAAUUUAUGACACAUUUCUCAUGGUCAGAUACGCCAGAAAUAGACUGACGCUCAUGGUGGAUGUCGAUGGUAAGCAGGAAUGGAGAGAGUGUGCCGAAGUCACAGGAGUCCGGCUCCCAACUGGCUACUUCUUUGGUGCAUCUUCUGCUACUGGAGACCUGUCAGAUAACCAUGACAUCAUCUCAAUGAAGUUGUACCAGCUGGCAAGAGAGGAGAGUCCGGAGGAGGAAGAGGAGGAGGAGGAGAUCACCAUCCCCAGAGUUGACAACAUGGAACAGUUUCAAGUGAAAGUGGAAGAGGAAAAGAUGAGCGGGGUCCAGUUCUUCUUUACCCUCGUCUUCUCUGUCCUGGGCCUGGGAGUACUGGCGGUGGUAGGCCUGAUAGUUUAUGGCCGCUGGAAGGAAAAUAGGCGCAAGCGCUUCUAUUAAGAAAUGUUGAUCAAUAGAUUUCCAGAGUUUGAUUUUUCAAGAUUGACAUACAAUUGAUGAACUCAUCUAUAAUGAAACCAGCAACCUCGAGUCUGGAGCCGAGAGAGACAGAAGCAGCAGAGAUGAACAGGUGAAGACAUUGUGAACAACGAGUCCAGCAGCCAAUAUUUUUAUAGUGUUGGCAAGUACUCUGGAAGAUACGUGACAUAAAAGUGCUCCAGUGAAAAUGUUUUUCUUUUUAAAUGGAUGCCAAUCUCAACUUUAACCCUCCUGCACUAACCGGGACACUUGUCUCCACCACCAGGAAUUCAGACAAGUUUCAAAAAUCAAUAGCAAAAUCCGAUGCUGUGUGUUUACUACUACCAUGUUACAGUGUUUUGGAAAAGGGCAGCUUUGCAGACCAGGGCUGGCUCCAAGUGGGUGGGCCUGUCGGCUCAGUUCCAAACGGGCAGAAGCAGUGAUCGUGUCUGCAAACAAGAAACAAAACAAAAAACAGCCUGUUAAUGUUUCCGCUGGGGCCAUAAAAGAGCAUAUCUCCUGCAGAGAUGCAUAGCACCAACAGCGUAACGAACCUCAGGAACAUGCCGCUUCAGUCAUGAGGACGGGACUGACAGGACUCUGUUGGUGACGGGUAGAAAAUAAUCCAACCGCAGAAACAACAGUUUCUUGUUGUCAAGUGGAAGGUUUACAUUUGUCUAGUUGUUGUUAUCUCAUGUCUCCUCUGUCAGUAGGUUCCGGUAUCGGCAGGCUAGUAGGUACACUCAAAACGUUUUCCUUUAGCUUCUCUUUCUUGCUCGUGUAGAGUCCAGUCCUGAAUCAUAACAAGCAGGUGCAUAAAUCCAACAAGGUUUACUGUAACUACUUAACUCACAAUCAUACAAGCUGUUCUUAAUGCAAUGGUAUUUGUUAACUGUCAGGGAAUGAGUCUUGUUAAAGGUGACGUUCAGCUGCAGCUUUUACUUUAUUUCGCUUGAUCUGGUUACUGAAUCUUAUCCUUCCCUUUUCAGUCCAGUAGUUUUCAUGAUCAGAUAAGAGAGGUCUUCUUUUAGGGCUCCUUCCAAGUAGUUUCUACCGUUUUUGUUCAUUUACAAGCUGCCCCCCCCCCCCCUUGAAAAGCUUGACCCACUUGGAGCUCACUCAGGUCUGUAAAGCGUGUAGUGGUGUGUGUUUUGUAGGUAGCUUUUACCUCUGUUUUAAUCUAACUUGAUGCUGUGAAGACCAGUCGAGCUGUGGAUUUAUGUAGACUUCCUUCAUGUUGCACUGAAAUUUGAAUUGUACUGAAGCGUCAAACAUCUGACAGAAAUAAACGAGUUGAGCAAAAUUCUGCCAAUAGCUCACAACACAGGUGGGUCUGUAGAUAUAUUGAUAAAACCUGUGAUUUGAUUGCUUUAUGUGAAAGGAAAUAGUUGAGCCACUAUGUUUGUUUAGUAUUUAGCUAGGACCAAUAAAGGCGCACUUACUUCUUUUUGCAAGUUAAUCCAUUAGAUUUGAGUUCUUUAAUCUUCUGAUUGUAAGUCGAGUCAUGUGUGUCGACUUUCUGUGGCUGCCCUCAGUCCUCAGUUCUGAUACGCUGUUAUCAAAGUUGAUCUGAAAAAUGUUCUGUUGGGUGUGUAUGAAGCAUCAGUAUUGAUCAAGGCAUUCAACAGUGACUAUCAUGGAACCCGUUUCUGUUUCAAAACGCACUUAACAGCUUUUUGCAUUAAUUAAUGUGAGUGAAGUGUGUAUGAUUGUUUAUUACUGAGUUGAUGACACUGUAAAAAAAGUUGCUGAAGUCAAAAAAACCUUGUGCCUUCUCAUCACUGUUCAGUAGAUGGCACUGUCAUAUUUAAUUUCAGUGACUCUACACCAGACGGGUUAAAGUAAGGUUUCCUUCCAAUGAAAGUAAAUGUCAGUUUCAUAAACAUCAGACCCGUGAAAUCCAUAUAAGAUGUAGCUGACGAUCCCUUACUCGUGAAGACAUCUCAUACUGGUGCGAUUUAUUUGUGCUCUUCAGUCAUAGCUUGUUCUCAGCAGUCAUUUGUGGCUCCUCCUCAUGGCGGUAACACCAGGAGUUCUGGUCAAGUUCUGCUGACCACUGGCCUCAGCAGAACUCAAAGAUCUGGAGAUGUUUCCACUGAACUGCACAUCCACCAAAGAGCAGAAAUGUGCGAAGUGGAGAAAAAGCUGGAUUGAGAUUUCUGUUCUUUCAUUAACUUGUAGACGAUGAUGCUGAUUUGGUGACUUAAGCGCACUUGUCAGACUGACACCAGAGGUUUUCAGUCUCCCUUAAGCUUUCGUCUCAGGUGUUGGGUAGUGCCCAGCAUGUGAAAUAAUUUCAGUUUUUUCUUUCACUUACAAACCAAAAAUAGAAACCAUUUUUUUAAAUCAAGCAUAAUUGUCCAGUUUGACCUGUUGAAUCCACUGCAUUUGUAUUUGUCUCUAUACGUGAAAAGUUGAUAUUCCUGGUAGAGACAUUUGAGGGUGCAGAAUUUAGUAUAAAUGAGAUCACAGCUUCUGCUGGUGCGAUUUCAAAUUCCAUCCAUCUCCUGCGUUAUCACUUGUUUGUAAAUGAAUGCUGACACCAGCUGUGCAGAAGCAGAGAGAACACGAUAGAACUGCAAGGACUUUUCUUACAAAUGUUUCAUUCAGAUGGCUUGACAUUCGAGUAGCAUCUGGUUUUAGUUCACACAUUAUUUAACUAUUAUACUGGGAAAGGCUUCUCACUGAUUUAAAAGAUGUG